UCUAUGCACUGAACACGAAAAAUGAUGAACACGAGGCAGCCAUCGCUACUCUUAAGGAGGCUCAUGAAGAGGAGGUGCAGCAGAUUCUUUCUGAGACCAGGGAGAAGAUACUCCAGUACAAGAGCAAGAUCAGCGAUGAGAUGGACCUGAAGAAGCGGAUCCAGUCUCUGGAGGAGUCAAUGGAACUCCACGAGAGGAUGAAGAGGCAGGCCCUGGCCGAGUUCGAGAGCUACCGUCAGAGGGUGGAAGACAUGCAGCUCUGCACUGAGGCUCAGCACACGCAGCGUGUGGUGUCCAUGUCAAGGGAGGUGGAGGAGAUGCGACGGUCCUUUGAGGAGAAGCUGCGUACAUUCAGCCAGGCACAGGCCCAGUUCGAGCAGGAGAAGAGGGCCGCGCUGGAAGAGCUCAAGGCUGAGCACAGACAGGAAAUCCAGGAGCUUCUUCGCAGCCACCAGAGCCAGAACGCAAACUACAGCAAAGACCAGGAGAAACUGGUACAGCUCCAUAAAGCCGAGGUUGAUUCUCUGACAGAGCGGGUGGAGGAGCUGAAACAGGACAAGAAGAGACUGGUGGAGGAAUACGAGGCCAAACUCAGCAAGGCUCAGGCCUUUUAUGAGCGCGAGCUGGAGGCCAUGAAGAGAACCCAGCAGCUUACCGCCGACAACCUCUUGGCAUGGAAACGCACUGAGGCCGAGCUGCGACGGGAGUUUCAGACUCAGGAGGCGGCGCUGCAGAAAACCCUCGGAAAACUGAGGGCCGAGCUGGCCAGGGUGUCGGACGAGGCUCGGGAAAACCGGGAGAGGUCCUACAAGCUGCAGUCGUCACUUAACACUGCAGAGAGCACCGUCAAAGACUUAACCAAGCAGCUGGACGAGGUGACCCAGAACUCGGAGAUUGUGGAAAUCCGUCAGAAGGAGGCUGAAUGUGAACUAGAGGCAGCCAGAGACCGAGUUCAGCAGCAGGCAACUGAAAUACUUCUCAAAGCCAGUCAGAUAAGCAGUCUGCAGGCCACCCAGAUGACCCAGGAAGCAGCCAUCAGAGACCUGGACAACGAGCGGAAUCGGCUGAAGGACAAGGUGGUGCGAAUGGAGGAAGAGAGGGAGGCCCUUCAGAGCCAGGGCCAAGCACUGGAUGAAAGACAGAAACAGCAGCUCCAGGCCCUGGAGAAGACCCUCCGUGAUGAGAAAGUGUCCCACGAGAAGGACGUGAACAGUCUGCGAGCUCGAUACGAAGAGGAGACCAGCCAAAUGAAGGAGAGCCAAGCUCGAGCUCUGGAGGAAGUCGCCAAGAAGAACAGGGUGACCCUGGAGACCGCUCUCAACAACGCCGAGAAGGACAAGAACCGCCUCCUGGCUGAGCUGGAGCAGCAGUUUGAGAGGGAGCGUCAGUCACUGGAGGAGCAGAAGACGCUGCUCAGGCAGCAGCUGGAUGAGCUGAGGGAGGAGCUGACGUCCAAACUCAAUGCAGCCACUGAGGAGGUGUCUCGGCUGCAGCAAGAAGUACAGCAGGGGGAGAAUGAUAUUAAAACAGCUGAGGGGCAGAUCUCCACACUGAAGGAGGCGCAGGACAAGCUGCUGGAGGAGCUGGAUGCUACACGGGCCCGACUGAGAGAGACCAGCAACCUGCUGACUGCACUGCAGGGAGAGCUGGAGACCCAAAAACGUCAGCAUGAAGCCAAACUCAUCACCACCAAAGAAGAAGAAAAACAUAAGAUGGACAAGAUGGCUCUGGAGCUGGAGCUCAAAUGGACUGAAACACUCAGGCAGGAGUGUAAGAAGCUACGUGAGGAGCUGAAAGAGGAGCACGAGGAGGACAAAAACUCAGCCUUGGCUCAGCUGGCGCAAAGCAAGGAGCAGGAACUGAGCAAUGCCAGGGAGAGCUGGCAAAGGAAAGUGGAGGACCUGCUAGAACAGAUAUCCUUGUUGAAGCAAAGUCUGGAGAUGCAGCUGUCCCAGUCGCAGUCGUCGCUGCAGCAGCUACAGCACCAGUUCAGCCAGGAGAGGGAGCACCUGAGGAUGCAGCUGGAGGAGCUGCAGACGGAGCAUCAGAGGCGACAGCACCGUCUGCAGGAGGCCCACCGCUGCGCCAUGCAGGACAUGGAGCACGCCAGGCAACGUGAUUUGAAG